GGCCCCACAAACCCCAAUAUAAGUGAGUGCUGGAGGCUAAGUUUGGCAAGCACCAUUUCUAGAGCAAGCGGGCAUUGUAGAGCAUCAAUUGCUAUAACUCCUUCCAGAAUGUUGCUCGCAACCGGAUGUGGUGUCACCUGCUGGCCUUGCAUGAGCGGGUAUAUUAUGAGUUGGUGAUCAAAUUCUACUCCACCUUCGACCACGCCGAGACCACCGAUUGGAAGAACUAUGGAGCUAUCAAGUUCAGGUUGAGUGGAGAUUACCACUACAUGAGCUACCACGAUUUUGCUGCUUUUGCCCUCGUGCCCGACUACACUGAUAACUUCGUCGUCGAAAUCGCCAACCCAGACAUUGUCUCUUUCCCGACCUGCUACCGCCAGCUUGCUUAGUCAUCCUACGAAACCGCCACAGAGGGUUUCACCACCGGUCGGACGAAGGCCAACACGCUACAGAUAGAGUAUCGUCUUUGCAACACUUUGUCAUGAGUCCUAUGCUUUGAGUAGCGAGAUUGCCAGCACCCUGACCAAGCGGUCCCUCUAUUCUAUCUAGACGAUCUGCACCGCCCACCACAAGCUGCAUUUGGGAUCCAUUUUGGCGAAGACUUUCGCCAAAAGUGUUGUGAUUCUGGGAACCCUCCACCGCCCCUCAUCACCGUGGUGGCCACCCACCUUCAUAUCGGUUAUCAAGAUUGCACGGACCAGGGCGAGACAUGGUUUUUUGGGGAGGACACAGUCUCCAAGAUGCGGCUGCUUCGAGUGUUCCGUGGAGUCAAGUCGGCCAAUCUAUUAUUUUAGAACCCACACCCACCCACAACAUAAUGGGUGGGUCAUUUGUGGGUGGUUUUGGGUGGAUUGGUGGGUUCAACCACCCAAUAACCACCCUUACUUGCAUGCAUCUUGCAUCUUGGCUAUGUUAAUUGUACUUUUUGAAGACAUGUUUAGUAUCAGCUUGUUUUCUUACUUACAUUUUGCAAUUUGUAAGGUGUACUACAUAGCAAUGGGAUGUUGUCUUGCUCAACUAUGGCUGAAAUUGUGAAGAAAUGCUUCAACGAUUA